CCAACGUGGGGUUCGAACUCAUGAACUGCGAGAUCAUGACCUGAGCCGAAGUCAGACGCUCAGCCAACUGAGCCACCGAGGCACCCCAAAGUUAGAAUCUUAUAAGCAGCAAGAUAAAAACAACUUAAUAUAUACAAGGGAAACUCCAUAAGGCCAUCAGAUUUUUCGGCAGAGAUGUUGAAACCAGAAGAGAAUGGCAUCCAACAAAGAGUUCUCAACCUAGCAAAAUUAUCAUUCAGACUUGAGGGAGAGAUUAAGAGUUUUCCAGACAGAUCUAAAGAUGGCAACUUCAUUAGUGAGGGACUCUGUGGCACUGUGCAUGAGUACUAGCCCUCCUGUGGCUUCUGUCGGAAAAAUUCCCUGGACCGCAGCCUCGAGUGAGCUGAGAGAACACUUUGCCCAGUUUGGCCAUAUAUGAAAGUGCACUGUAUCUUUUGACAAGACUGGAUUUUACAGAGGCAUGGGUUGGAUUCAGUUUUCGUCAGAAGAAGAACUUCAGAGUGCACUACAACAAGAAUACCAUAUUAUUGGUGGAGUAAAGCUCCAUAUUCAAGCUCAGAGACCAAAAGCUUUGCAGGGGAAUCAAAGAUCUGAUGAAGAGAAGGAUUUUUGAGACUAUUUUGAGACUAUUACUACAAGCAAAAGUUAAAGGAGUUCAUCACUACUCAACUGACCUUAUA